AUGGGAGCUCUUGAUUUCCUUUCUGACUACUUCUCAGUCUCCACCCAAAAAAAGAAACGGAAAGCAAUGCAGACAGUUGAAAUCAAGGUGAAAAUGGACUGUGAUGGCUGUGAAAGAAGAGUUCGUAAUUCUGUUUCCAACAUGUCAGGUGUGAAACAAGUAGAGGUGAAUAGAAAGCAAAGCAAGGUAACAGUAACAGGCUACGUGGAUAGAAACAAGGUGCUGAAGAAAGUGCAAAGAACAGGAAAAAGAGCUGAGUUUUGGCCCUAUAUUCAGUACAACUUGGUGGCAUAUCCCUAUGUGGCUCAGGCAUAUGACAAGAAGGCACCAUCUGGGUUUGUGAAAAACACUGAACAAGCACUCCCCAAUCCAAACGCACCUGAUGAGAAACUCACCUCUCUCUUCAGUGAUGACAACCCUAAUGCAUGUUUAAUCAUGUAA